GAUGACGUUUGAUUACUGGUGUGGGUCUCUUCAGUUCAGGUUUCACUAACAUUGCAAAGGGUUAUAAUAAUGAGUUAAUUACUAACCUCGAGGUGUUUGAAGUAAAAGAAAUAAAAUGUGUUAUUCGUGUCAACAAGGAAUUAGGGUGGCACAGGAUUUUCGUGCAAGAAGAGGCAGAGUUAUCAGUCAGCCACUAGUGCAUCUUGCGUUUCCAAUGCUCACAGAAAGAGCAUUGACCAAACGGAAUUCUGUAUAAUCAUUUUAUUUUUAGAGUUUGUUUUGAGAAGAGAAACAGAAGAAGCUCGCUCACUUUGAUGACAUCUCUUGAGAAGAAGACCAGAGCACAAAGGGAAGAGGAGGUGAAAAAGAAGAAGAUGGGAAGAACUCCUUGUUGCGAUAAAGAUGGAGUGAAGAAAGGAGCUUGGAGCCCCGAAGAAGACAGAAUCUUGGUUCAAUACAUCCAGAAACAUGGUCAUGGUAGUUGGCGCUCCCUCCCUAAGAAUGCAGGUCUGCUUCGAUGUGGAAAGAGCUGCCGUCUACGAUGGACAAACUAUCUUCGCCCCGACAUUAAACGAGGCCCAUUUACUCCUGAAGAAGAAGCUACCAUUAUUCAACUUCAUGGCAUGCUUGGUAACAAGUGGGCAUCCAUAGCAUCCCAAUUACCAGGGAGAACUGACAAUGAGAUUAAGAACUUCUGGAACACACAUCUGAAGAAGCGUGUCUCUACCUUAGAUCAAAAGUUGCAGAUUUCUUGCUCUUCUUCUGAGCCUAUCAAUAUAAAAUGUGAGUCUCCGUCAACCCGGCACAUGAUACAAUGGGAGAGCGCCAGGGUUGAGGCUGAGGCCCGUCUGUCAAUGGAAUCAUUGUUGCUUAACCCAUCAUCAUCAGUUAAGAUGGAAUAUGAUUACUUUCUCCAGUUAUGGAACUCUGAAGUUGGGGAAUCGUUUCGCAAUAUCAAGGGAAAAGAUGGGGAAGAGUGUGAAAGUCCUAUCUCGCAAGCAUCUUCAUCUACAAAAUUUGGGUCUGUUUCAAUUGACAAUGAGAAUAUGGUUCAAAUGAUGUCCAUUAAACAGGAGGGCGCUCAUGAACAAAAGGAUAACUGCAAACCAAAUGCGGAUAUCAUAACUGGUUCAGAUUCGAUCAGCUCUAAUGAAUUUAUGGAUUAUUCAGAUACAGUAUUGAAGAUGCUGUUGGAUGUUCCAGUUGGCAAUGGUAUGGAAUUCACGGAAGGAAACUGAAAAUUUUACCAGCUAUCUCAAUCUUAAUUGUGAUUGAGACUGUUUUCUCUAAACUUUCUGCUUUUUUGGUGUGUUACCGUUCGAAGGGCAAUAUCGAAGCAGUCAAGCAGAUGAUUUUUGGCUGCGCUUUUUCUGUAUUGCCUUUGGACAUCUAACAUACAGUGCAGCUAGUUCCUUUUUUUUUUUUUCCUUUGUCAAUGCUAAAAGGGAACAAGGAUCUGAAAUCAAGUGGAGUCACAGUAGGAAACAUAAGUAGGAUAAAAGGCAAGUUUUUUAGUUCUCCGCUCAUCCAAAGUUUUCAGGGAUUUUUUUGUGCAUUUUGUUACAAUGCAACUGAUCUUGAUAGGUUUCGAGCGCUACUCAUUGAUGCUUCCUGUAUAUAAAAUACUUAUUGGGCUAGGUAGUUCCGUUUCUGGUUUAUCUUUCAGGAAGUGUAUUUGAACCCGUGAAUUUCAGAAGAUUAUAUGUCAAUUACUACUUCAUUGA